UUUUACGCCAUUUCCACAUUGUAUUGAAGUCAUUGUUUAAAUAGUGAUCACAUGCAUUGAUCACAUGAUCGAUUGCUACCAUCGACCCCUAUCAUCAUCGAUAAAUGGCAUCAUCAUCGUUGAUAAAGAGAUUAUCAGGUUCACUUCAACUUUGUACAAACUUGGCCGCGUCGUUGCUCACUCGUAAUCCGUUCAAUUGGCAGCAACAAAGAAAUGUCAUCUAUUUCACACAUAGUCAGGGCAAGUUCCGUUCGAAUAAAGCUGUGUUGCGUCGUUUCUAUCGACUGAAUUGGGGCGCUUGGAUACGACCACGUGCUGGUCGUCACAAACAUCUUUGGCGAAAACCUUACUAUCUUCGUUGGUGGGCCAAACAACACGUGUUCUGUACGGACGAACAGAAUAAAGUUCUCGAACAGAUGGUAUCGGCUCGUUACAAGAAACCAACCUACUUUGUAGAUGAUCCAUAUGAACCGUACCAGAAACGUCAUAAUCUGGUUUACGUGCCAUUAGGAAAGAAUCGUAUAUCUCGAAGUUAUAUGCAUGCACUACUCGACAAAUGAUUAUUUUGUCAGUAAUUGUGUGCAAUAUAAUUCUACUAUUUAGAAUGAUCUAUAAUUAUUAUUAGAUUGAUUCAUCAUUUAAUACAUUAAUGUUUUGUAUGAUUAAAAUUCUGAUUAUUAUCCUCUAA